UUUUUUAGAAAAACCGAGUUGGAUUUUAACUUUUCGAAUUCCAAUCAACAGAUUAAGUUAAAAUACGUGUCAGUCAACAUUGGUUGUAAUUGAAAACUUAAGAUCAGAUACAAGAACUACCCCAGCCCAUUUUUAUCAUCAAGAUCAAGUAGAAGAAAAGCGUCUCAAGAUGUCGCUGUCGGAUGCAACCGGAAAAAAUACGAACGCGCAUGAGAUAAACGCGCAUGAGAAAAAGAUCAGGAUCAACAUCGAGGUGCAAAAUAUGUUGUCUGGGGACGUGCUCGCCCUAGACGACAUGCCACUCGAAGAUGCCAGCAUCUACGACCUGAAGUGGAUGAUUGCCUACGCUUUGUCAGUCUCUCCUGAGCAUAAGGGUCCGUUCAUUCCGGCUAGCCUGAUUCACGUCGGGAUGAAGGAUGUGCAAGAGGCUUCCGAGGAAGAAGCGGGGAACAAUGGCAGCGUGCCGAGUGGAUCCGAAGAACAUCUUCAGGACCAAGAUGUCACGACAAAAAUGGAACAGCUUGAGCUGACGGUGACAGAAAGAGUCGAAGCUUUCGUGGAUGGCGCAAAGUCGGUUUCUCUCAAAUCUUUUCUUGGUUUGAAGGAGGACGAGCAGUGCUGCCAAGCGCCGGAGAGUAAAGAUGAGAGUGGAGGAAAGGGAGGCAAUUGUUCGAAAGAGGUUCCGAGACACAAGAUUACGUACCUGGUCAAGUCGCCACUAAACCAGUUCUCUCUCAAGACUUUGCCGGCGGCGAAAGAGGCGAUUUUCGACCUGAGGGAUGCAGUAGAGAACUUUUAUUGUGGUUGGAAUUGGGAAUCGAAUUGUUGGUGCUGCAGCUGGGAUUCGUAUGAAUUGGACCAGGAUGAUUGGCAUUGUUGGUGCUGCUGGGAUUCGUGGGCUUCGGCGGUAACUCUCUGCCGACACAUGCAUCUGGCGCAACAUGAUGACGCCGACCUUGUGACCGAGGUAUUGUGCCAAUUACUCGCCAACGCCGAGGACGUGCGCACGCCGUGGGAAGAGUGGAGGGCGAUACUGGAAGAUCUUGCGUGGACAUGCAAGGUGCGGCCGGUUCUUAAAAUGGUGAUGACAUUGUUUCCUGAUGCAAGGGAAGAACUGGCGGACCUGUUCGUUGGAACUACACGGGCCAGGGAGAUGAAGCGGCCGCGUACGUAUAGAAAGGAAGCAGAGGUCGCUGAAAUCCUGAAGCGCAUGGGUGUCGCUUCCGUUCAACGUAUCGCGGAGGAAGAGCUGGCGGAGGUGAGUAAGAGGAUUCCUGAGGACGAGGGAGAGGGCCCAGGAUUGCAAGGACGGCGCCGCCAUUCGUUUAUGCUGGUUUGAGCGAGACUACUUAGACCAAGGGAACAGCGUCGGGGCCGGUAGUUCGGUCUUCUCUUCACUUGGGGGCUGCGCAUCCUACACGCAGCGCUGUCAAGUCACGGCAGUGCUUCCAUUCGCGUUCUCUUCUCUCCUCUCUGAUUCUCUGUCCUCUUUCUCUGAUUCUCGAUUCACAGUAUUCUUUAUUUCUCUGUUCUCCCACACUUCCCUCCCAGGCUUGGGCACCUCUCACUUCGCAGGCAAUUCUCGGCGCUCUUGCCUCGGAAAUUGGCCGUUGCCCAAAACCGCCGUAGCGGUUGCCAUUCUCGACCUUCUCGUCUCACCAUAUAUUCGAAUAAUUUAGCGAACGUGUGUAGGAUGGACUUGGGUGGAUCGGAUGGACCGGGUCGACCCCCCUAACUCUUCCAGCCCUACUCGAAAUGAUGGGAAGGCCACUCGUUCCAUCCGAUCCAUCCCAUCUUGGAUCUGGCACGCCUACAAAUUAUCCUCAUAUAUGUUCCAGGGCUCAGGGCUGGAGGCCCCCCCGAUCUAACUUUUUGAGGGGGGGGCCUCCAGCCUCGGACCCUUUUUCUCGAGGGACUGCCGGGCCGGAAGGCGUCCCAGUGCCCACCUUCGGGCCCUCGUGGCUUCUGGCUUGUACCCUACAGAAGCCAAAGAAACCCCUGAGGCCGUUCAAGCACCGACGGCCGGGGAUGGAAGGCUUCCGAAGGCAGCAACGGUGGCAAGGCUUGAGCCCUUUGCGGUGUUGCUUGUACCCGACAGGCCUCCCAUGCUGUUUUGCAUGUACCAUACAGGCCUCCCGCGUGCGGGCUCCUCACUGGGGGAGCCCCUUGGGAGGUGGGAGGCCUCUGAGGGCAGCAGGUGGCAAGGCUUCACCCCUUUCGCCGGGCUGCACGUAACCGACAGGACCCAGGCGGGCACGUCCUGUCCCCCCUCCUCCUCGCGCCUUCGGUCCUCACCUCCCCGGGCGUUUGCUGGCGGCUGACGCUGCCCCCAAUUGGGGGGGGUAAGCGCCAAAGGGGCCAGGCUUCGCGACCGUACCCGCCUUCGGCGGCUUUCUUCUCCCGGAGGCUGUCCCCUUGAUAGGGUCCAAGAGUCGGGACGCCUGUGGGGUUGUACACGCGGAGAGCCGCCAGGGGACUCUGGCUCCGCCUUUUGAGGCCUUCGCCCCUGGGGGUCUUGUCGUCACAUGUCACCAGUCACCACUCCAGAAAAAAGGGCGCGCGGACGCCGCCCCCGCUCCAUCCACAAGACGGGGGGGGCCCCCUCACUGGUGGCACAUAGGUCCAUGCUGUUCCCUUCGAACGAAGUCCUCACUUCACACGACAGCCCACUCGCCCCGGCGGAUGUUCUCACGCUUCAAUUGGCAGCAUCCAUUUCGCGCUCGGGGCUUGUGGGUUAGUCUGAAGUGCUGGCCUGCAGGCGAAAUCACUUUCGCUCUUGUCGUUCUCUCAUCAUUCACUUCGACCAAGAACCAUUGGGCUGGCUAUGCCCCUUCUUCGUAGCUGCGUGCCUCGCCAUCUCAGGCAAACUCCUUGCAGACGAUGCGACUUGGAUGCCUAUCCUCAG